AGAGAGAGGCAGCAUGGCGGAGAUUUUGGUGGUUUGCCUGAUCAAAAAGCUAGCUGCCACCUUCACAUCGGCAGCAAUAAGACGGGUGGUUUCCCAGGCCGCAUCGUUGCGGCAACUUGAGCCAAAAAUUCGUGGCAUCAAGAGGGACCUGGAGUUGAUGCAAGCCUUUCUAAGAUAUGCCGACACAUGCAGAGCCAGCAACGAUCUGGUAGGCGUUUGGGUGAACCAAGUGAGGGAGAUCGCCUACGACAUCAACAUCCUUGCCGAUGAGUUCACCUAUCUAACUGCCGGACAAAGCCGGAGCCUCCUAGAGGGCCACCUCUACAAUGCCUUCAUCAGUCCACAGAACACCAAGGCCUUGCACCAUCUCUUGAAUGAUCUCGAAAAUGUCAAGAAAGAGCUUGAUCGGCUUUUAGAAACUAAAGAAAAAUACGGCUUUAGCAUGACAGGAGGAUCGUCUAGUCCGAACGAAAGUCGGCAUCUCGCAGAAUCAGCACAUUUCAUCCAGGAAGAGGAGAUGGUGGGGUUUGAUAAGCACACAGAUCUGCUCAUGAGAUGGCUAAUGGAUGAGAAAUCCCAGCUCACCGUGAUUUCCGUAUGGGGUAUGGGAGGCGCUGGCAAGACCGCCCUGGUCACCACUGCAUACAGAGCCGAGAUGGUCGUCAGCCACUUCGGUCGUCGUGCAUGGGUUUCUGUAUCUCAAAGCUAUGACGCCCAUGACCUGCUCAAAAGAAUCAUAUUGGAACUGCACCUGGAGACAGGGGAGGCCAUUAAUCCACACAGCCUGGAUUCUAUGCCUUCCCGGAGACUAGUGGAGACUGUCAAGUCACUUCUGCAUCCUAAGAGGUACCUCAUUAUCUUGGAUGACGUGUGGCAUAAAGAAGUUUGGGAUGAUGUUCGUAGUGCGUUGUUCGAUAAUGGUUGUGGGAGCAGAGUUGUCAUUACCACACGGAACAAGGAAGUUGCUUUGGCGGCGGUCGAUAGCCGGGUUAUGAAGGUUGAGCCAUUGCAGGAAUACGAGGCAUGGACACUCUUCUGCAAGAAAGCAUUUGAGAGACAGAGCGAUGGAAGCUGUCCUCCAGAACUAGAGUGCCUGGCUAGAAGAAUAGUGGAGAAAUGUGAUGGCUUGCCAUUGGCUUUAGUGUCAAUAGGAAGGCACAUCUUACAGACUGAAGAGACACAGAUGGCAUGGAAGAGCAUUCUUGAUAGUCCAGUAUGGGGGGAAGGAGCGAACCCGGAUCUCCUCAAGAUCUCUACAAACUUAAACCACAGCAUCGAUGACCUACCGCAUCAACUCAGGAAUUGCUUGUUAUACUGCAGCAUAUUUCCAAAGGGCCAUGUCAUCAAAAGAAAAUCUUUGAUCAGAUUAUGGGCGGCAGAAGGAUUUGUACAAGAAGGCGCAGAGCGCACAGCAGAGGAGGUGGCAGAGCAGUACCUCAAGCAACUUGUUAGACGAUCUGUGCUCCAAGUGACAGACAGGAAUGAACUUGGAAGGGCGAGCCGCCUCCGAAUGCAUCUUCUUAUGAGGGACCUGAUCAUGGCUAGAUCAAGAGAAGAGAAUUUCCACCAGGUGUAUGACACUGAUGCAGGAGGGAGGCUGCAAUAUAGAGUUCGAAGUCUUUCAAUAAUUGGAAGGAGAGGUGAUCACCAAUUGAACGAAAAGAUGCCCAAACUCCGAUCUUUCCAUGUCUUCUCAUCAGUUUUGGCCCCUUCCCUGCUCUCCAACUUCAGGCUAUUGACAGUUUUGAAUCUACACCGAGCUCCUAUUGAAAGACUACCAGGCGAGGUGUUUGAUCUCUUUAACCUGCGUUACUUGUGCAUUCGGAAGACUAAAGUUAAAGAGCUUACAGAUGCAAUAGGCAAGUUGCGGAGCCUGGAAUACUUGGACGCAUGGCAUAGUCGUGUGGAGAACUUGCCAUGGGGAAUAACAAGGCUGGAACACUUGCAGCACCUUAUGGCGAAAAAAUUUGAGGGUAAAACUUCAAGAUAUACAGAGUGCAUGAGUGGGGUGCAUAUUCCUGACAGAGUACAGAAAUUGAAGCGCCUACAGACGCUGAAAGCUGUUGUGGCAGAUGAGGACUUGAUAAAAAGCCUGAGUAGUUUGACACAUUUGAGAAGAUUAGAGAUUGUAGAAGUGAGAAACAUGCAUUGUGUUAAGCUGGCUAAGUCCAUCAUGAAGAUGAAACAUCUUCGUCACUUGGUUGUUAAAAGAAAACACUGGCAUGAGACAUUGCAGUUGGGAUCUCUCGAAACACCACCGCCCCUCCUUCAAAAGCUGAGUCUGUAUGGUAAGCUGGAGGGGAGGGUGUUGCCUCGUUGGUUUAAUUCCCUCACAAACCUCACGCAUCUAACACUGCAAUCAUCUGGGAUUGGAAAAAAUUCGCUUCGUUCGCUCUCCUUGUUGCCCAAUCUAGUAUAUCUCGUUCUUUUCAAAGCAUAUGAUGAGAAGAAAUUGGAUUUUGGUGCAGGAUGGUUCCCUAAGCUCAAAUUACUCCGGUUACAGGACAUGGGCCGUCUCAGGAACUUAAAAAUAGAGCAGGAAGCACUGGUAAACUUGCAUGAGCUAUUUUUGGUGAGAUGCCGAGAGUUGAAGAUGGUACCCACCGGCAUCGAAAACCUCAUACAUCUCCAGAAGUUGGAGCUUGAUGACAUGCCAAAUGAAUUAGUGGAGAAGCUAAAUAAAGGGGGACAGACUGAGGAGGAUCGCUUAAAGGUUCAGCAUAUCCCCAUUAUCAUGAACUGGGUUAAAAGUGGGGACCGGUGGAUUAAACAAAGGCUUUCCUGAUGCUUACCAUAUCCUCAUCAGCUUGUUUGAAAGAAAAUGUCUAGGGCUGAGAUCAGUGUAAUGGUCGAGGCAUGCAUGAUGUUUUGAAUAUUUCCUUGAAGGAAGGGUGAUCUGAGAAAGAUGAGGUGUACUUUCACAAAGAGUUUGUGGACUACAAUCAAGAGACAAUUGAAGCUAAUUGGCCACCCUUCCACCUUUUCUAAUCUUUGGACCAAUUGGAGGAAGAGGAACAAACACAUGUUGGCAGCAAGGAGAGGAGAUCAAUUGCUAGCAGCAAUGCUGUGGAAAAUUUGGAAGGAGCGGAAUACAAGAUUAUUUUUGCAUAGAAAAAAAUCUAUCUUCUCUGUUCUGCAGGCUGCUCUUCAGUGCUUUCUUAGUUGGAAGACUCUUUGCUCCGCCAAGAACCUUCAAGACCAUCCUGGCUUAUCUAGUAGGUUGAAUUCUCUUAUUGCUGGUUACUGUCGUUCUGGCUCAUCCUCAUGAUCCAAUAUUGAUCUUUUGUGGGGUUUGUUUGCUUUGUAGUCUUUGUUUUUGAAAGUCUAAAUUCUAUGUAGUUUUGUAACUUCCACUUUUUAUAGUUUUUGAAGC